AUGGAUAUGCCAAGGAUAAGAAUAAGAUCCUCCAUUUCUAUUGGCCGAUCAACAAAUCACCUUUUAAUCCCAUCCAUUCCCCUCUCCUCCUUGAGUUCUUAUCAUCCUUCAGAAAGACGGCGUUUGUAAUCCAACAAAAUUAGCAAUUCCCGUUUUUCCCUCUCAUUCAUAUCAGAAAAAUGUCCGCCGUCAUACAAGCCUCCGCCGCCGUUUCCCAGCGUCCACGCGCCUCCAAAACCAGAUUCCUAACCGGGUCAUCCAAUAAGCAGCUCAACAAGGACAUUUCCUUCCGGCCCUCAUCGACUUAUUCUUCUCCCAGAAUUUCUUCAUUCAAGGUUCAAGCCAGGAAAGGUGAAUGGCUUCCUGGCUUGACUUCCCCAGCUUAUCUUGAUGGCAGUCUUCCGGGCGACAAUGGGUUUGACCCGCUCGGGCUAGCCGAGGACCCGGAGAGCUUGCGGUGGUUCGUGCAGGCUGAGCUGGUGAACGGGCGGUGGGCAAUGUUGGGCGUGGCAGGGAUGUUGCUGCCGGAGAUUUUAACCCAGAGCGGAGUUAUAAACGUCCCGAAAUGGUACGACGCCGGGAAGUCUGAAUACUUCGCGUCGUCGUCGACUCUGUUCGUGAUCGAGUUCAUCUUGUUCCACUACGUGGAGAUCAGACGGUGGCAAGACAUAAAGAAUCCGGGGUGCGUGAACCAAGACCCGAUCUUUAAGCAAUACAGCCUUCCUCCCAAUGAAUGUGGGUACCCUGGAGGAAUCUUUAAUCCCCUCAAGUUCGCCCCCACCAUUGAAGCCAAGGAGAAGGAGCUUGCCAAUGGGAGAUUGGCAAUGUUGGCAUUUCUUGGGUUCAUAAUUCAGCACAAUGUGACUGGGAAAGGUCCAUUCGACAACUUGUUACAGCACAUCUCAGACCCUUGGCACAACACUUUUGUGCAAACGCUUGGAAGAUAGAUUAAUUUAAGUUGAAGAGGGGUGAAACCAGAGGGCUUAUUCAAGAGCAUGCUGCCUGUUUAUGUAUGUUGAAUGUUGUAAGAGUUGGCGUAUUGUGUUGUAAAAGUGACCUCACUGAUAAUGUAUAUAGGGUGAACUUCAUAUGAAGUUUAUAUAAAGAUGUUAUUGGGUUUUGAAACUCGUAUUCUGGCUCCAUUUUCAAAAUAUUAGGGAUUGGACAUCUCAUGCACCAAAAUUCGAACCCAAGAUUCUAUUUAUGCCAAAAUACUCUAUUUACUCAAAAAAUGUUUGUAUUAACAUAAAAAUGUAUAGUUUUGAUUUGAUAGACUUAUUUUGAAAUUCUCAAACG